ACUCUGCUCAUGGCUUUCAAGUGUUCUCGGUUAAGGGCGUGUCGUAGGACGAAGCUUUUAUCGGUGUUAGCUUUUGCGUAUUCGUUCUUGUCUAGCGGUCGAGUAUAUAUCUAAACAGCAGAUGCUUCUGCGUUUUUUAGCAGGGUGUUUCGGGGGCAGCGCGGUAUUUCGGCGAUGUGGGGCGUCACCUGCAUCCUGCUUGUCGCAGUGGUCGUUCUCGCUGUCCACAGCCUAGGUCGCUGGCUGAUCAGCCAGCGUCGUAAAUGCUUCGAUGCUUUUCUUGGAACGGGAGUGCCAACCGUUCCGCUACAGAGCCUGAUAAGUGGCAAUACCCCUGAAUUUUGGAAACCGACGAGCAUUAAAAGGCUCGAUCAAUGGCUGAAAGAGUACGGCGAUGUAUUUGGAUUCUUCAUUGGCGACACACCAUUCAUGGUGGUCAAGGAUCUGGACAUGAUAAAUGAUAUAUUCAUCAAGGAAUCACACAAGUUUUCAGGGCGUGGACACAUGUUCAACCUAGACGAGCAGGAUCCGCUCUUCGCUAGGUACAUGGUCUUCGCGAAGGGUUCUCUGUGGAAGAGCGCUCGAAAUUGCAUGUCGAAGUUCUUCACAUCCUCCAAGCUCAGGACGGUAAUGCCUUCUCUGCUGCACGCCCAGCAGCAGUUCAUCGAUAUCCUGGGUGAGCACGCCGACGUUGGAGUCGAGGUGGACAUAAACAGCCUCUGCGAGCGCUUCACCUUUGAUGUGAUCGGCAAGGCGGCUUUCGGAAUCGACACGGACGUACAGCGGAACCCCGAGAGCCCUUUGUUCAAGGAAGCACUAGCCGUCAUUCCGAACGUCAAUGCGGGCGUCUUGUAUCACCUCGGCCAGAAUCUCUAUCACUGGCCACGGCUGCUUAGUUUACUUGCCAAGCUCUUAGGUGCCUUCUUCGCCAAUCCUCAUGCCGACAUGACUAGGAAGGCUGCGGAAGUCAUUAUGCACCGUAGAAAAAAUCCGCAGGUUCGAGUACCGGACAUGGCCCAAAUUCUUCUGGACGGUCUGGUCGACGCUGACGAUUCUGAUGUUGCCAAGCAUAAAAUGCCAGGAGAGAGCACAGCUCCGCUGCCACCAGAGACACUCAACCAGCUGGCAUCGAAUUGCAUGGCGGUAUUCGUUGGAGGGUACGACACCACGAGGGCUGUUCUGACUAGCUGGUUUUAUGUCAUGGGUAGAUACCCGGAGGUGCAGCAGCGAAUGAGGAAAGAGGUGCUUGAAGCUUUUGCAAAAGAGGGAGACCACCUAUCUCUGCUCACUCUCACUACGCUUCCCUACUCGAACCAAGUCAUAUCGGAGACCAUGCGUAUGUACCCGCCAAUAAUCACAUUUACAACGCGGUGCGCGGACGAAGACUACCGUUACGGAAAAUACGUCAUCAAGAAAGGAACCUCCGUCAUGGUGCCUACGUACCAGCUGCACCAUGAUCAAGAAUACUGGAAUGAGCCAGAAAAGUUUGACCCAGAAAGAUUCAGUCCCGAAAACAGGCACUCCAUUAACCCGAUUGCCUACCAGCCUUUCGGCCUAGGGCCGCGCAUAUGCCUUGGUCAGCGCCUAGCGCUUGCCGAGCUGGCCUCAGCGACUGCGCACGUUCUGCGACACUAUUCCAUUGCUCUGGGCGACAACCAGAAGCGUGACCUGGAGAUCCACACCUACUCUAUUAUGGCGGCACCAAAGGAAAAAGUGUUCAUCCGACUGCGAAGGCUCCAAAAAGCGCAGAGUGAUCCGCAGUGA